UUUUAACGUUCUGUGGUACUUUAUUUUUAAAUUAAAACAUUUUACAUAAUGUCACCAACUGGAAGUAUUCUAGUUGGUGGUGGGACCGGAUUUAUAGGAAAAUCUCUUUGUAAUCUUUUGAAACAAAAAGGAUAUGGUACCACUGUGAUAUCUCGUAUGCCGGGCGUCCAAAGAGUUUCUUGGAAUGAAUUACAACAAUUGGGUCUACCGAAAAAUACAAGAGCCGUAGUUAAUUUAGCCGGACAAAAUGUUAUGGACGUAACCAGAAGAUGGACCGCCGGUUUUAAACAAAAUAUCAUUCAUUCUCGAGUUAAUACUACGAAAACUCUUGCAGCUUUGAUCGAUAAAUCAGAAGAAAAACCCCCCGUUUUUAUCGUUAUUUCCGGUGUAGGAGCCUAUAAACCGGAUAAUAGCUACGAAUAUACAGAAGAUAGUUGUGUAAAACCUUAUGAUUUUUUUUCAGAGCUAUGUAAAGAUUGGGAAGAAGCGGCGCAAUUUCAAGAUAGCGAAACGAAACGAAAAUGUAGGAUAGUGAAAAUUCGUAGCGGUGUAGUUUUAGGUAGAGACGGAGGAAUGAUCAAACAAUUAUAUCUCCCAUUCUUUUUGGGUCUUGGGGGACCAGUGGGAGACGGUUCGCAGUUUUUGCCUUGGAUUCAUAUCGACGAUUUGAUUAAUUUGAUUAUUUUUGCGAUAGAAAAUCCUUUAGUUGAGGGUGUUUUGAAUGGUGUUGCGGAAAAACCGUGUACGAAUAUGCAGUUUACUAAAGCGUUCGCGAAAGCUCUUCGAAGACCGGCCUUAAUUCCUAUUCCGAGUUUCGUUUUUAACGCUUUACUCGAUAAAGAGAGGGCCGUUAUGCUUACAGAAGGCCAAAAAGUGAUUCCGAAGAAGACACUCUCACUUGGAUUUCGCUAUAAAUAUCCUGAUAUAGAAACAGCUUGUAAUGAAAUUGUAAAUAAAUAAACUCGUCAACUAUA